GCCGCGACCACUCCAGACUGCGCUCAUGGAGCCGAAAAGACGCUAACCGCGGUCCCGCGGCGCCCGCGAGCCACGUGACCAGCUUGGGUCAUGUGACCCCGGAGCCCGGCGGCACAAGUCAGUUACCCUGGCAACUGGUGGGCCUCCUUAGACCUUCCGGGAAAGCGCGGAAUUCAGAAGCGAAGGAAGCUGGGGUCGGAGCUGCUUCAAGGAGUUACAGACCAGAAGUUGGCGCAGAUCCGGAGUUGGAUUCUUCAGGGAGACUGGGGAAGAGUUGAGCGUUGCAAGUCACCAUUGCAUAGUUUUUGUCGACCUUCCCUCCCUCCAAAAAAAACUGUUUCCAAUGUUGUAACUACUUUGGAAUAUUUACUUUGGGAAGGGAAAAUUAUUGCUAAUGGCCCACUAUUCCAAAAAAGAGCUGGAUGAAGAGUUUGAACAGUUCAUGAAAGAGCUUUCAGAUGAUUCUUUUGAAAAUUCAAAUAAAACACCUAGACAGCCUACAGGCAUGAAGAAGAAAGAUACAGUGCCAUGGUGGAUAACUGAAGAUGAACUUGAAGAUGGUGGACUGCUUGGAACAAAUGUAAGCUAUUUGAAAACAAAGAAGACUUCUCAGCCUAUUAUGGAAAUAGAAGAGAAAUCUGCUGAAAAGAUUCAGUUUCUUAAGAGUAGUGGAACCUCUAUCUUAAGUAUUGACAGCUUAGAAGCCAAUGAGGUGGUAGUUUCUGAGCUCAAUCAUAGUGUUCUUGGUUUGGGAUUGGACACAUUAGAAGAGCAAGAGGAAAAAGAGCAGUUUUUUGCCCGGCUUGAGAAAGGCUUAACAUCUUCCAUUGAUUAUUCAAGAUUAAAUAAAGAAUUGGAUUCUAAUGACUCCACACAUUUUAAAGCUUUACAUAGUUAUCAAGCUAACGUGGAACUAACUGAAGAUAAACACGAGAAUGAAUCAAAACAUGAAGAACUGGCAGAAAAUUAUAGUGAUGAUUUUGAAGAUGAAGAGGAUAUUGAUGCACCUUUGACUCCUAAAGAAGAGACUAAUUCCAAAGAAAAUUCCAAAUCAGAAAAAAUAAAUGUACCCAAACAGGAAGAAGAGAAAACUGGCAUGCUGGCUAAUGUAGUGCUGCUUGAUUCAUUAGACUCUGUUGCAGAGGUCAACCUUGAUGAACAGGAUGGAGCAACAACUAAGCCAAAGGCCCUGCCAGAUAUGACUGGUAAUGAAAUGACGGAAACAGGUGUUUCUUAUGGACAGAGCAAUAGCGACAUUGAAGCUCUACAUCAGGCUUAUUAUCAUAUUGCCUGUUCUUUGGGAGAUGCAGACGAACAAAGAACUGAGAGUAAUGCAGCAGAGAAUACCAAGAGCUCAGCGAAAGAUUGUCCUCAAGAAAAUGAAGGGUCCUCUAAAAACAUCUCUACUACAGAAUCUGAUCUGCCCACAGUAGAGGAGCUGAUGAAGCCCAUCCGAAUAGAUUCCUUUAGGGCCCGUGGCUGUGACUUACACCCUGCCAGCUAUAAGAAACUGGCUGAGAAUAAAGAAACUGAAUUUGUUAGCCCUUUACCCCUUAAGAUGAAUCCAAAUGUUAUGUCUCAGGAACCACGAACUGUGAACCAAUUUUUGGACAGAAAUGAAGAGAAUGUAGUUUUAGAAAAAGCAACAAAUGAAGGAACAGAACAUAACUGUCCAAGAGUAAAUACUGUGGAAGAACAAAUAGAUAAAAUGUACCUUGAUAUUUUGAAGAAAAAAAUAUCUGUUGGCCCUUCAUUAUUACCUCAGGAUGACAAAAUAAGUAAGACUUUUAGAUCUCAGCUCGAUUCUGGAGAAGCAGGGGCUGUAAUUGAUAAACAGCUACCAUACAAGAAGGCCAGAAGUGCCCCUCCUUUAUUUAAAAGAAAACCCCAGAGUGGACUGUAUGCAUCAGUUAGGAGCUCAGGGUAUGGCAAACCCAGUUCACCAUUCAAAACAUUUUCUAACCUUGAAAAGAAAACUUCAAAGGACACUAUGAAAAGUAAAAACUUGAGAUCCAUUCCUACCUCAAAUCAAGCUAGGAAAAAAGAAAUCUUAUCCGGAACAAAACUCAUCAAGCCUGCAGCUUUGGGUAAACCAGCUCCCCAAACUGAAAGUUGCCUGGCUACUCCUAAGAAGUCCGAAGGCCCCACCGAAACUGAUUCCCGUGUUCAGGUUCAGAAUGAUUCUUCAGGAUACCAUGGUGGGAACAAGGAGACAGAAUUGAUUAUGUUUAAGAGAGUUCAGGAAGCAGAGGAACAAUGGAGGGGUGCCCAGGCCCUAAUUGAGCAAAUUAAAGUCACAUUCUCAGAAAAGGAGAGGGAGCUGGAAAAUAAGAUGGAGGAACUAAAGAGACAACAGGAAAAGGAACUCUUCAGACUGAAUCAAGACAAUUAUAUUCUUCAAGCCAAGUUAAAUAGCUUUGAAGAAUCAAACAAAAAACAAAGGUGGUUGCACUUUGGAGAAACAACUGAUCCUGUCACUCAAGAAAAAUUGAAGGAAAUCCAAAAAGAAAUACAAGAACAAGAGACACUUCUUCAAGGGUAUCAACAGGAAAAUGAAAAACUGUAUAAUCAAGUGAAAGAUCUCCAAGAGCAAAACAAGAAAAAUGAGGAGCGAAUGUUCAAGGAAAACCAGAGUUUAUUCAGUGAGUUAGCUGCCUUAAAAGAACAGAUGCACAAAAGCCGUUUCCUGUCUGAAGUAGUUGAAGAUUCAGAGCCCACCAGAAACCAGAAUUUUACAGAUCUAUUAGCAGAACUACGGGUGGCACAGAAAGAAAAAAACAGUUUACUGGAAGACAUCAAAAGACUGAAGCAGGACAAACAGGCUCUUGAAGUAGACUUGGAGAAAAUGAAGAAAGAGAGAGACCAAGCCAAAGACCAGGUUGCAUACGCCACAGGUGAAAAAUUAUAUGAAAUAAAAAUUUUAGAAGAAACACAUAAACAAGAAAUCAGUCGUCUGCAAAAAAGAUUACAGUGGUAUGCCGAAAAUCAGGAACUUCUGGAUAAAGAUGCAGUUCGGCUUAAAGAAGCAAAUGAAGAAAUUGAGAAGCUGAAACUUGAGGUUGAGAAACUGAAAGCUGAAUCUGGAAAUCCAUCCAUCCAGCAGAAGAUACGUUUAAAAGAAAAAGCAGCUGAUACCAAAAAAAUUCAGGAUCUAGAGCGACAAGUGAAGGAAAUGGAAGGAAUUCUAAAGAGACGAUAUCCCAAUUCUUUGCCUGCUUUAAUAUUGGCUGCAUCAGCAGCUGGUGAUACAGUGGAUAGAAAUACAGUGGAGUUUAUGGAAAAAAGGAUAAAAAAACUUGAAGCUGAUCUGGAGGGCAAAGAUGAAGAAGCAAAGAAAAGCCUUCGUACCAUGGAACAGCAGUUUCAGAAAAUGAAGAUUCAGUAUGAGCAGAGACUGGAGGAGCAGGAGCAGCUGCUUGCCUGCAGAUUGAAGCAGGCAGCCCAGGACCAACAUGACAGCUCCUCCAGGGCUGCAGCACUAGAGAAGGAACUGGAUGACAUUAAGGAAGCCCAUCAGGUCACUGUAAGAAACCUUGAAGCUGAAAUAGAAGUUCUUAAACAUCAGAAUGCUGAAUUGGAGCUCAAGAAGUAUGAUAAGAAUGAUAGAGAUUUCCAGUCUAUAGAAUUUCAGGUGGAACAGGCUCAUUCUAAAGCUAAACUGGUCAGACUCAAUGAGGAGCUGGCCGCAAAGGGGAGAGAGAUACAGGACCUUUCGAAAACUGUGGAGAGGCUUCAGAAGGAGAGGAGAAAGAUGCUCUCUAAUCAGCACUCUAAGGCUAGAGAGGAAAUGACUGCCAAAAGGGUCAAGAAAGAUGUUCUGCACCCAGGUAAAGGAAAUGCUAACUCCUAUGGAACCCUGGAGGAAAAGCUUUACCAACCACAUACUUUUACUGAUUCCGAUACUUCAGAGGUUGUACAAGAAAACUGCAGAUUGAAAAAUGAACUGGAGAGAUUAACUGUGGAGAGGAAUGAGCUGAAGAUGAAAUCUGACAUAGCAAUGAACCAAUUUGAAAACUCCAUGAAAAGGUUCAAGGAAGAAACUGCAGCACACAUCACAUCCCUCAAAGUAUCUCAUCAAAGGGAAGUAGAGAAACUCCUUUGCCAAAAUGCAGUCGAAAAUUCUUCUUCCAAAGUAGCCGAACUAAAUCGUAAAAUAGCAACUCAAGAGGUACUUAUAAAACAUUUCCAAAAUCAAGUUAAUGAGCUGCAGGGUAAACAAGAGUCUCUCAUAGUUUCUCAAGUUCGAGAAGAAAUCCUACAGAAAGAGAUUACAAAACUCUUGGAAGAAUUGAAAGAAGCCAAAGAAAACCAUACACCAGAGAUGAAACAUUUCAUGGUCUUAGAAAAGAAAAUUAAGCAGGUGGAAAUGAGACAUGAGCAAAGAGAGCAGGAGCUUCAACAGAUAAUACAGCAGACACACCAAGUAGUAGAAACAGAGCAAAACAAAGAAAUUGAGAAAUGGAAAAGACUUGCACAGCUGAAGAAUCGUGAGCUGGACAAGUUCCGCAUGGAGUUAGACUCGAUUUUGGAUGUUCUCCGAGAGCUGCACCGGCAGGGGGUGGUCGUGCCAGUUGCUUUGGCAGAAGAAGUGAACACACCAGCGUAUUACUAGAAACUCGCGUGUCACGUGACCUCAAGAGAGGUCUGAUGAUGGGUGAGGUCCCUGUUAGAAGGAGGCUUUUGAAAAACGUGGUCCAGUAUGUUGCUGGAACACAAAAGCAACAUUUCAAAAUAAAUUACCCUUUACCAAUUAGGAAAAAAAAAAAGGCAGCAUUAAUGGUGUAUUUUACUGAAAAUCAUUAACCAGUCACAUUUUAAAUAAUUUACGGACAAGUCCCUUUAUGUCAGAUGAUUAGAACUAGUGAGAUUUAUUGAGAAAGGUCUCACCUACAUGCUAGAUAUGCAAAGAAACCAAAAUUGCAAAUAAUUUGCUAGUAUUGACUAAGUGUAUACUCUUCAUUCUCGGCCAGAAGAACAACUCCUCUUUCUCACAGAAACACAGGGAAGAAUGUGAGCACAGUAGCUCGGACAGUCACCAGAGUAGUGGUGCUUCUGUGAUCAUUUUGAUGAGAGUUGCAACUUCUGUGCAAGUAGUGAACUCUCAUGUUCUCCCAGAUUUCCACUCCUACUUCUAGAUACCUCAUUUUGCACCUUGUACAUAUUUCACAGGUAAUAGGGGAAUUUGAUUUAUUCACUGUUUUAAUCUUUUAUGCUAUGUGUCUUAAAUGCCAGUCCCUUUUUUAUAACUGUUAUAAACCAAAUAUAACAUUUUUACUUCAUUUAAAAAGUAAAUAUGUGUUCACUAGAAAAAAUUAAAAGCAUGUAUGAAAACAGCCAGAUUAUUCUUUUAUUUUACAAUUCCAUUUCCAAAAGCAGAUAUUGGGCAUAAAAGAUACUGGUAAAUUAAAGCUGUAGCUACUUUGUUUACAAAUGUUUUGACCCAGUGCUGCUCAAUAGAAGGAUCAUGUGAGCCACAUGUAAUUUUAAAUUUUCUUGUAGCUACAUUUAAAAAGAUAAAAAGAAACAAAUGAAGUUAAUUUUGGUAAUUUAUGUAAUAUGUCUAAAAUAACAAUAUAAAAUUGGGUUUUUACAUUCUUUUUUUCAUACCAAAUCUCCAAAAUCUGUCAAGUUUUCCACUUACAGCACAUCUCAGUUUAAAUUCCAAGCGCUCAAUACCUACAUGCCAGCAAGUGCAAUUCUAGAAUAAUCAUUACAAAGUGAAAUACUUCAUAAAGGACAGGUGAGAUAGAUCUUAGUGAAACUAUAGGUAGCAAAUGUGAAAUGUGGAAAUUAAAUAUAAGGAAUGCAAUUAAUGUCUUAAUGUCCAGAAUUUUUAAUGUCCUUUUCCUAAGAGAGUAGAAAGCAUUAAUUGUCACUUGUUAUUUUUUUAUGUGAAAGAAUUUUAAGUUAUAAUAUAAACUAUUUUGG